AUGAAGGAUCUUGCUCGGCGCAGGGAGAAGCUACGAGUAAAAGAGGAUGAGUUACGUAAAUACCGUCUGCGAUUCCAGGAUUUCAUUUUGGAUAAAGAAGAGAAAUGUGUGAAAUCAGCCAGGAAAGCAGAGAAAGAGCGAAAUGUACUAAAUCAGAAGGAAAAAGAAUUAAUUGUCCUGCGUGAAGAGCACGGAAAGAUGAAACAGAAGAGGGCGCAGAUCCAAGCACAAAUGCAAAAAUAUAGCAAGUUCUACCAGUUCCUACAGAAAGUGGUGGAUAUGUCUGCAGAGGAGGUUGGUGAUAUCUUUUACCGUUUCCGCACCUUGGAUGACACAUUGAGUUACCAGAGCAAAGGAGUGCAAGAGGCCCAGGACACACUGCAGAAAGUGAAAGAACACUUGAAUCAAUACCUGGAAUGCAGUAAGAAUGAGAGUCUCCAACUUCGCAGACACUUGGACAAUCUACAGACACGCCUGAAACAGUCACUAAAGGAGUGUCUGGAGUGGGAGUCUCGCAGUACCCACAUCCACAGCACAGCUGCCAAGAACAACAUUCUACAGGAAACCAUAAGGAUAGCCAUUCUUAAUCUAUUCCACCGUAUCUGCCGCCAUAUUGGGGGGGUGCAGGACAUAGCAGCAAGUGAUACCAUGGAGCAGCUUCAGAUGAUACAACGCCACAUACAGGAUCUAGCUGAUAUUAGUCAAAUGGUCGUCGAGAACGGGACAGGCUCAACGCAGAAACAGCCACAGCCAGCACUGUGA